ACAAACAUCCAAAAAAACAAGAAUCGAGGAACCUCGGCCGGCUAAAUGGACUAGUUUAGUCCAUAACGGAGUCUGGUUUCCUCCAGAGUACGUUCCUCAUAAUAUUAAAAUGAAAUAUAAUGGAGAUGAAAUAAAACUCUCUCCUGAAGCUGAAGAAGUAGCAACAAUUUAUGCUGCAUUGUUAAACACAGACUAUGUAAAGAAUGACAUUUUCAAUGAGAACUUCUUUAAAGAUUGGCAAGUUGUAUUAAAAAAAUCUGAAGAAAAUCCACAAAUUGAGGAUUUUGAAAAAUGUGAUUUUACUUCUAUAUACAAUUAUUUACAAGAAGAAGAGGAACGAAAAAAGAAUUUUUCAAAAGAGGAAAAACAAAGGUUGAAAGAUGAAAAGACCAGGAUAGAUGAGUUUUAUGGUUAUUGUUACUUGGAUGGAUGUAAAGAAAAAGUCAGUAAUUUUAGAAUUGAGCCACCUGGCUUGUUUAGAGGUCAUGGUGAACAUCCUAAAACUGGUUUGUUGAAAUUGAGAGUCACCCCUGAGCAAAUAACAAUUAAUCUCAGUAAAGAUGCACCUGUCCCUCCUCCACCUGCUGGUCACUCCUGGGGUAGUAUUCUGCAUGAUAACAAAGUUACCUGGCUUGCCAAAUGGAAGGAGAAUGUAAAUAACAAAAAUAAAUAUGUGAUUUUAGCGGCCAAUAGCUCACUUAAAGGUCAAAGCGAUUUGGAAAAAUUUGAUAAGGCCAGGGAGCUCGACAAGCACAUAGAAAAAAUCCAGUGUGAUUAUAGACAGGAUUUAAAAGAUAGGCUAAAUUCAGUCCGACAACGUGCUACCACCAUGUAUCUCAUAGACAGGCUUGCAUUAAGAGCGGGAAAUGAGAAAACUGGUGAAGAAGCAGACACUGUGGGCUGUUGUUCCCUCAGAUGUGAACAUAUUACAUUAGUGUCACCAAGGACAGUUGAGUUUGAUUUUUUAGGUAAAGAUUCAAUAAGAUACGUAAACUCAGUAGAAGUAAUAGAGCAAGUUUUCAAAAACCUUAGAAUAUUUAUGAAGGAUAAGGAAUCUGGUGAAGCGUUAUUUGACAGAUUAUGGACUCAAAAUUUGAAUAAACAUUUGUCUGAAUACAUGGAGGGACUAACCGCCAAAGUAUUUCGUACAUACAAUGCAUGUCAUACCUUCCAAAUUGAGCUAAAGAAAAGGAUGGAGAAUGCUACUACUCUAACAGAGAAAAUGGUAGCAUAUAAUGAAGCAAACAGACAAGUUGCUAUUUUAUGUAACCAUCAACGUUCUGUCAGCAAGGCUCAUAUCAAAACCACUGAAAUUGCACUGGGUACAUCAAAAACCAAUUAUAUAGACCCACGCAUUUCAUUUGCAUGGUCUAAAAAAUAUAAUGUACCAAUUCAUAAGGUUUUUAACAAAAGCCUUCAGGAGAAAUUCCAGUGGGCAUCAGAUGUUGAUGCAGAUUGGAUUUGGUGGUAA